AACUCACACUAAACGUUAGUGUCCCGGGUGGGCCGCCGUCAAACGAGCGCGGUUGCGACGGUGGAAGGCUCGGCAAGAGCUAGAGCUUAGGCGGGGGGGAAGAAACAGGGCCCAUAUUACGGAGCCCAUAUCAACUGGGUCCAUCCCCAUCGCAACUCGCGAAACUUGGGGGAUGGUGGUCGAGAGAUCUGACGAACUUCUUCUACCCCAGACCCCGUUCUGUACAGAAACACCAGUUUCGGUUUUUGUGAAGACCCCGGACCCGGUUGUGUCGGGACCUAGAAUCAACCGGCUGGGCAAAAAAGAAAAAAAAUAAAAAGAAAUAAAAAAAAUAAAAAAUAAAAAUAAAAAGAACGGUUUGUUUUGAGACUUGGCGCGAAGAGCGGACCGGGCCCCAGAAAAUAGUACCUAUGGCGUCGACUCCCAACCCCACAACCACCACGACAGCGAACGUUCCGCCAGAUGAUGUCCCCGGACCCAGUGGGACGAGGAGUCCAGAGCCCGGACCUGGGCAGGUAGUAGUGGUGGCAGAAGAAGAAGAAGAGGUAGUCCAUGCGCCUCUACAGGUCGACCACGACCGACCGGACGAAGACGAGGAUGACGCAGACGACGGCGACUCGGCGUACGGCUCGCUGGCCGGGUCGUCGCGCACGGGGUCCAUCACGUCGUCCAUCACCAACUACGUGUACGAGAACGGGCGGCGGUACCACGCCUACCGGUCGGGCCAGUACGUGCUGCCCAACGACGAGGCCGAGCAGGAGCGCCUCGACCUGCAGCACCACAUCUGGCGCCUGCUGCUGCACGGCAAGCUGUACACGGCCCCCUUGCAAAUUCCGGAGCCCGGGGAGAAGAUCCCCACCACCACCAGCUCACAAGAAGGCGGCGGUGCUGGGGCCGAUUUCCGCGUGCUGGAUCUGGGGACGGGCACGGGGAUAUGGGCCAUCGACAUGGCCGACGAGUUCCCGCGCGCGAGCGUGUUCGGCGUGGACCUGAGCCCGAUCCAGCCCGAGUGGGUGCCGGGCAACUGCCGGUUCCACGUGGACGACUUUGAGGACGAGUGGACGUACCGGCCGGACGAGAAGUUCGACUACAUCCACGGCCGGGCCAUCUCGGGCGCCGUGGCCGACUGGGCCCAGUUCUACAAGCAGGUGCGCACGCAUCUGAAGCCGGGGGGUUGGUGCGAGAUGCAGGAGUAUGAUGCGUGGGUGUUCAGCGACGAUGAUUCCCUCGACCGGACGACCUGGACGAAGGGGUGGGUCGAGAAGCUCGAGGAGUCGAGUCAGCAGUUUGGCAAGCCGAUCAAUAUUGCGCGGAAGCACAAGCAGUGGAUGAUCAAUGCCGGGUUUGAGGAUGUGGUGGAGAAGGUGGUUAGGAUCCCCAUCGGCCCCUGGGCGAAGGACCCCUGGCUCAAGGAGCUCGGCCGCUUCGAGCAGAUCCACAUGCAGAUGUCGGUCGCCUCGCACACCCCGGCUCUCUUCUCGCGCGUGCUGGGCUGGUCUGAGCAGCAGGUGCAGGUCCUGGUCGAGGGCGUCAAGCGCGAGUUCCGCAGCAGGGAUUACAGGCUGAUCACCAGCUACCGCUUCAUCAUUGGGAGGAGUCCCGGUCCGCCAAGCGAUUGACGGCUUUUCUCCUGUGGCAGUCAGUGUGGUGGAGGUAGUAGAGAAUAAAAUUUGAUGGCCCGCAGCGAACCGUCGUGGAGUACCUAACGAGUAGUGAGGAAGACUACCUAGGUAGGCUGUGGUGCGCACAAUGCUCCCCACAGCUCGAGGCAGAGACGGGAAGUCAGGGGGCUUCAUGAAGGUUAAUAGGGGUCCGAGACCAACGAG